AUCACAUACUGCCGACAUUCCCCAUUCUAUAAAUAUUCAGAUGUUCUGUGUGUGUAGAUUUCACAACAGCUCCAUACAACGUUAUACUGUUGAUUAUGAUCACACGAAAUAAACUUAAAAUAUUGAUAGACAUUUAAAAGCAUUUUGCAAUUGACAUCGACCCGACUCAUUUUUUCCCACCCGGUCGACGAAUUCAGACAUGUUUCAGUAUAUACCGAUUCCAUGACAGGGGUUUAAAUCAGUUCCGUUGUAAACAACAGAGGUGGAGACGACCCCGAUAUACAGCGCAGAAACAGGUGAGGGACGUUAUAAUUCUUGAUAAUGGUGUUCAUGUGUCGUGUAGAUCGAUAGAAAAUUGGAGUUACUGGAAUUAUUUUGGAUGGAGAGUAGUUAUUGUCUUAUCCGUAAUUGCCAAACACAACACUGAAAAGUCAACUCAACCCUUUUCCAUCAGCAUGGUCAGACAACACUAGAAGAAAACACUCACCUGAAGAUGCUCCAGAAAAGCGCGCCAAAGAAUGGCGGAUGAUCUGGAGAGAAUCCCCCUAAAUAAGUGGAACCUAUUGAGUGGUGCGUUGCUAACACUGUUGGUACUUGGCAUUGGUGUGACAUUCCUGUUUAUUGGAAUUUUCGAGGAUAUCGAAGACUUGGUUAUAUUAGGGUCCAUAUUUUUAGUGUUCACAGUUUUCGUGGGCAUCUGUGUUUUUUCAACAGUAAUUCGCCCUUACAUUAAGUCUGGGCGGGUUGAGGACGAGGAUUUUAUACGGUCCUACAAACAUGAGAGUGUCGGAUUUUCUCGGAGUGACAAUGACUUGAAGUCGACGGCUGCUUCGUUUGAGCGCAUUCGGAUCGACAGCGAGGAGGAUGGACAAUCCAUCCACGGAGAGAGGCGUGCGGAGAGUGUUAUCGUGGAUGUCAAAUCUAGAGCAAAUAGUGCUCACAGUUUGCAACCGCCGACUGAAACUUACGGACAGAAGAAACGUGUAACUUUCUACUGAGAUUAAUUAAAACGGGUACCGGUAUACUCUGACGUCAGAUCUGCAUGGGUUUCGUGACAUUUACCUGAAAAUGAUGACUAGAGGGUAUUUUUUUUAUAUUGGAACAAUAACCGUCCUCAUAGAACGCUAGAUCUUGAACUUCUGUAUCAUAGUCUUAGAGCAUCAAUUGGAAGAUUACUGCGAUGAGUAUUUCUUUGCAACAUUCGAUGUCUCCCAGUCUAUUGGUCAUGUUCUAUACAUUACUUUAGGAAUAUUGUAUUAAUGUCUUUCAUGUAGACUUUAAACGAGAGUCAGACAAUGCACUCUGGCAAUGUGCAGUCUUACCAUUAAUCCAUCAGUUUCGUAUUUGUUUUUAUUUAUUGUAAUCAUCCUUUCUUUGCAACAGAUUUCAAAUAUGUCUAUUUUGAGAUUUUUUUUUUUAGCAAAUACAGAA